AUGGGAAGAGAUACAGUAAUUGGUCUCGUUGGAAAGCCCAGUAGUGGUAAAUCUACGACUCUCAAUGCGUUGACGGAUGCAAACGCCAAAGUGCGUUCUUUUCCCUUCACAACCAUCGAUCCGAACAAAGCAUCUGGAUAUCUAGAAGUGGAGUGUGCAUGUUCACGAUUUGGAAAGCAGGAACUCUGUAAACCAAACUACGGAUAUUGCCGGAACGGAACUCGUGGUGUGCCAAUCAUUCUUUUGGAUGUGGCAGGGUUGGUGCCCAAUGCACAUUUGGGUAGAGGUCUAGGAAACAAGUUUCUUAGCGAUUUGACGGAAGCAGACUGCCUUAUACAUAUUGUCGAUGUAAGCGGAACCACUGAUGCGGACGGAAAGGAGACCCGUGGUUAUGAUCCUCUACAAGAUAUCGAAUGGUUCCAGGAUGAGAUUUUCCGGUGGAUUCUAGGGAACUUGACUGAGAAAUGGCCUUCAGUGGUCCGUCGUCAUGUGGCCACCAAAUCUACUACCUUGGAGACUCUUCUUCUGCAGCUUGGUGGAUACUAUGCCAAUAAGGAGCUCGUGGGUAAGGCGCUUGAUCGUAUGCCCAACCUACCUCCCCUUCAAGAAUGGGACACUGAGAUGGUGGAGGCAGUCGUGAAGUCCUUUAUGGCUGUCAAGUUUCCUACCAUCUUGGCGCUCAACAAAAUGGACCAUCCGGAUGCGGACAAGAACGUUUCCAAAAUUAUGUUGAAAUUCCCAGAGAUGAAGUGUGUACUUACCUCGUCACUCACAGAAGUAUUCCUACGGAAACUCGCGGCACUGAACUACAUCAAAUAUGAGCUGGGAACAGAGUUCAUCGAUACCGCGGAAGAUCUUCCUGAUGCUGGACUCCGUCCUCUUGAUGAGAAGUUGGCUGAGAAGAUUGAGGAGAUUAGAGACUUGGUCCUCUACCGAUUCGGUUCCACUGGAUUGGUUAACCUACUCCAAACCGCAGCAGAAAUGAUGCAACUCGUGCCGGUUUAUCCUGUGCGGAAUAUCAGUACCUUUGGAGGGCUGUCAGGUCAACAUGUGUUUCGGGAUUGCGUUCUAGUGAAGAAGCAUUCACCAGUGAUCUCUGUUGCGCGCAAAAUCAUGGGUGAUGUGACUAUUGCAGCAAUUGAAGGUGUAGACAAGAAGAGAGUCGGUGAAGAAGAUACCGUUGAUGUGAAGAAAAAUGACAUUUUGUCUUUUAGAUUGGUUCCUGGAAACCACUAG